UAGGUCAUAAUGAAUAUUUUCUCCAUUAACCCAAACUUGAAUGCACACAUCACAUGUUUGCCCUGUUAUUGAAGUUAUCUAUGAGUUUGACAGCAGACGUUAAGUUUAUGACUCUAAUAAAUCAGUGCAAGCAGACAUUACCCAUGAUGCUUUGUGUUUCAGGAACAAUUUCUGCAGUCUGAGAUGCGUUUUCACCUGUGAUUCAGAGUUUUUACCUGUAGAUGUGAAAGAUAACAAUCGUUUUUAGUUGGAUUUUAUAUACUACUUUCAAGAUUGUCACCAUGUUCAGUCUUCCAGUUUUAGCUUUGUUCGUUCUACAAGUAGUGUCAAUGAAAGUGGAAAAAUCAUACAGAGACCAACAUAGACUACAAAAAUUUGUUGUCGAUAAAAACACUGGUGAAAUUUAUAUCGGUGGACAGAAUACACUAAUAAAGUUGUCAUCAGACUUAAGUGUCAUACAGCAAGUCAACAACGGACCAAAGACGGAUAAUCCCCUCUGUCCACCCCCUCAGAUACCUUGUAACUUGACAAAAAAUUCUAUAAAUAGUUUUACAAAGGGGCUUGUAAUUGACUAUAACAGGAGUACUCUAAUUUUGUGUUCUAAUAUAUACCAAGGAUCAUGUCAAGUCCGUUUAUUACAAAAUAUUGCGUUUAUAGAGAAGGAUAUUUAUAAACCUGUAGUAGGUCAUAAUCCAGAUUCUUCUGACGUUUUAUUAAUAGCGCCAGGAGUCGAUAAAGAAGUGCUAUAUAUUGGAUCGGAAUAUAACAAUAUCAACCCUGGAGGGGAAUUAAAAGUCUACCGAGAUAUGGUACCUCAUUUAUCUAGUCGGGAUUUAGAAAACUUAGAAUUCUCUUACCGAGAUUUGACGGGAGGGUCCAAAAUAUCACUUCUGAAUCAGUACAAAAUGGAUUUCCACGUAAAUUUCCAAUAUGGUUUUACUAAAGGAGAUUUUGUCUAUUUCAUUGCAACUCAAGUUAAAGCAUUAGAUGACAACACCGUUGAAACCAAGCUCAUUCGAGUAUGUCAGAAGGAUAAAUAUUUUCACUCUUAUGUUGAAAUUCCCUUACUUUGCUACAAGGAUAGGACACAGCCUUACACAGCUGCUAAAGGUGCCUUCUUUUCAGAAACUGCUGGUAAUGUUUAUGUGAUAUAUGAAAAGACAGGGGACCAGAGCAGUUCAUCGUCAGCACUGUGUGGUUAUAAGAUGGCUGAUAUUUCUGUUCGUUUUGAUUCUACGGUUGAUGAAUGCCAGAAAGGAAAUGGCAACCUUGGACCUGCCCAUCUUCAUCCAAAAACUCCAUGUCCAAAAUCAAAUGAGCCACUGAGUUUGUGUGGAGAAGGAAAGAAUUCAGACAAAUACUCCUCUAUAGAGGGUGUGAACCCUAUUGAUGAAGAAGCAUUGAUAGAAUUUAUGGGCACAUCACUGACUAGUGUUCUGGCUGAUGAGAAAACAUUGAAUAAUAACAUAUUCUUAGGGACUAGUAAUGGUCAGUUGAAAAAGGUUAUUGUUUCCUCUGGUAACCAAGUGACUGUUGUCAAGGAGAUAAAUGUUGAUAUUGGUCAGUCUAUAAAUGAGUUAUUAUACAGUCCAGAUAAAUCUAAAGUCUAUGUUUUGACAUCUAAUAAGCUGCUGAUGGUUGACCCUCUACAUUGUGGAGAGAGAACUUCUUGUGAAGAAUGUUCUGUUGGUCAGGACCCUGUUUGUGGGUGGUGUGUCAUGGAAAACAGAUGCACUGAAACUGAUGCCUGUCCAAUGCAUUCAGUGAUCCCCCAUUGGUUGAUGCAGAAGUCAUGUGCUAAAAUGGUUGAGAUCCAACCCACAAGCCUCAGCUAUGAAAAGUUUCAACUAAAUGGAAAAAAAUCUGAGAUACAGUUCAAAUUGGAGACCAUUAUGUUUGCACCAAAUAUUGAUCAACUGGAUUUACAGUGUUCUUUUGUUUCCAUGACAACUAAAUCCAAAACUAAAGCACAGAUCGACCAGAAUAUUAUAAAAUGUCCCUUACCUGAUGAACUUCCUGUUGUUAUGAGCGAUUACCAUGAUGUAGAAGUAGAGUUCCAUAUAGAAGGAAGACCAAUAGUCAAAAGAAGUGUACCAGUGUUUGACUGUAGAGUUCACGAUAGCUGUACAGACUGUGCCAAGUCUAACUUCUCCUGUAUGUGGCAGUACCAGGAUAAUACAUGUAUCAGUACAACAACAAACAAUGCACGACAGACAAAUGGUAUAACAAAUGCAGAUGAGUGUCCACGAGUAGAAAGUCCCUCUAGUGUAUCAGAAAUAGUGGUCCAUUCUGGAGAAACUAAACAGAUAGCUGUCAGAGUCAUUAAUCUAAAGACUGAACAGAGAGAUAACAUACAUUGUAGUUUCCAGUAUCUUGCUGUGUCAAUGGUUGUCCCUGGCAGUAUAUCAUCUUCUUCAUUGACCUGUGAUCCUGUUCAGUUUAACUUCAGUGCUACAGACAGUCCAUCAUUGAUUGCUGAUUUCAAGAUUACAUGGGGACAAAAUAACUAUGUUUUAGAUAAUCCAAAUGGAAUCUCAGUGAGAAUAUUCAAGUGUCCAUUACUAGUGACCAACUGUGGACAAUGCCUCAGUUUGCAACCAGAGUAUGAGUGUGGAUGGUGUGGCACUUAUUGUUCUCUUCAAAAACAUUGCAAUGCUACGUGGCAGGAUAGGUCUGCUGUGUGUCAAAAUCCUCUGAUACUAAGGUUCUCUCCAUCAGUGGGGCCUAUAGAAGGAAAAACCAAUGUGUCAAUCAGUGGAAUUAAUCUUGGUAAGACAGCUACUGAUAUACAAUCAGGAGUGACUGUCGCAGGAGUAAGAUGUACAGUACUACCAGAUCAUUAUCAGCCUUCUUUCAUGUUUAAGUGUGAAACUGAGCCUUCAGGAAAAGCUGGUAGCGGUCCAAUUAAAGUGACCGUAGGGAAAACCUACACAGCCAUAUCAGAUAACAACUUUACAUUUGUGGAGCCUCAAGUUCUAUUCUUAACACCAAGAGAGGGACCUCGGUCAGGUGGGACCAUGAUCACCAUCGGUGGAACAGAUCUAAAUGCUGGGACUAGUGUUACUGUCAAUGUGGGUGGCAGUCCAUGUGAGGUUGACCACGUAUCUAUGAACACACUGUCAUGCUUGACAUCUGCUCAAACUGGUAAUGAUGAAGCAGAAAUAGAAGUCAGUUUUGGAGGAUUUAAAAGACUGAUGACCCCUAAGUUUACAUAUAAGGAAGACCCUGAAAUCCAGGAUGUAACUCCAAAGAAAAGUAUCUUAAGUGGAGGGAUAAAGAUAGAUGUUAUGGGAUCCAGACUGAAUAUAGUACAGAAAGCUGAAUUCUUUGUAGAAGUAGGCAACCAGAAGAUCACAUCUGUGUGUGUUGGUAAAAAUAUAGGAGUGGCCCACUGGUUAACAUGUCGAACUCCUCCUCUCUCCUUUCCUGGGGAGAAUAUUACUCAUACAAGCCCUAAGGACAUACAUUAUGGAUUUAACUUAGAUGGUGUUACAGCUUACCGUAACUUAUCUCUCACAAAGGGACCCAUGGAAUACUACCCUGAUCCCCAAAUUCAUGAUUUUAGACAAGAGGAUCAAGAAUUGAAGUACAAAAAAGAGGAACCACUUAUUAUAAAGGGUAAUUUCAAUGGUAUUCAGCAGUUAGUUAUUCGAGAUGUUAAAGUGUUCGUUGGUAUGACAGUAUGUGGAGAUAUAGUAUCAACAGACUACAGUCUGAACUGUACACCUCCUGCUAAACCCAAGGAGGUGGAUUCUGAUGGAAAUGCUCAAGUUUUUGUUGAGUUUGGUAACUACCAAAGGAUGAUAGGUUAUGUGAGUUACUUUGAACCAGAAAAUGGAGACAAGCCAAUAGCGAUGGGUAUCAUUUUGGGAGUGGUAAUCCCCAUCAUAGCCAUUAUUCUGUUGUUAGCCUUCUGUAUCAUUAAACGGCAGAGGAAAAAUGGACCAACAAAGAAUGCCAUCCCUGAUAUGUUAAAGGAUUACGAUACCGUUAAGGAAGAAGAGGACAUUGGCUUGCUUUCUGUUAAAGCUGAUCUGAACGGACAAAUUCCUAAUAAUGAUUCUGGUCCAUAUAUUAAAGAGCUAUUAUCUCGUAUAAGUGAUGAGGGUAUGAAGCAGAAAAUAUCAACCUACUUGGUGUCACGUAAUCAGUUAGAUAUUGGAGAAGUUGUAGCCAAAGGUUGCUAUGGAAACACAUAUAAAGCAGAUUACAAAAUAUCAGAGGAUAAAGAUGCAUCAGAAGUUACCAUUAAAGUUCUACAAGGUUUUCCAACAGAUACAGAUUCUGUGGAUAAUUUUGUACAACACAUGGUCACAUACAAAGAUGUACAACAUGAUUGUCUAGUCCCUUAUAUAGGAGUGUGUUUAGGAGCUGUAGAUGAUCCUAUAUUAGUCUCAUAUCAUAUCACAUGUACAGAUCUCAAAUCUCAUGUUAAAGAUGUAUCAAAGAAUUUAACAGUUGCAGAUUUAUUAGACAUAUCACAGCAGAUAGUUGAUGGAAUGGUAUAUUUACAAGAUCUUGGUCUAGUUCAUGGCAACUUAGCUGCAAGAAAUUGUGUAUUAACAAGUAACAAUAAAGUCAAGUUGACAGACUAUGGGUAUGCACAGCUAUUUAAUGCUGAGUUUUACCUGUCAGAGAAUGAUAAAAGACAACAAAUCAUUAAAUGGUUUGCUCCAGAGUGUCUGGAAAGUUUCCAGUUUUCUUCAAAGUCUGACGUUUGGUCAUUUGGUAUAGUGCUAUGGGAAUUGUUGACAAGGGGAGUAACUCCUUACCCUGAUGUGGAACCAAAUAAUAUAAGAGAUUACUUAAAUAGUGGGAAAAGACUGAAGAAACCUAGACAGUGUCCAGAGUCAUUAUAUUUACUGAUGUUAGAAUGCUGGACUGAAACACCAAAUGCCAGACCUACAUUCCAAGAUAUCCAGACAGAAAUGAAGAAGUUUGUCUCCAAAGAGGACACAAAUGACGUCACAGAACCAUUGGCAACUAAAAUAGAACCAGGAGGUUCUUCAGAAUAUCUAGAGGUGGUUGGUUGACAUUUUGUUGUCAUAACAGGAAGUCAUUAAAGGGAGCAAACUCUUCUAGAACUUAACUAAAAUUGGUUGUGUUCUGACAAUCAGUGUAGGAUUUCAAGAGAAAAUCUCUAAUCCUAGAACUAUUUGUAAUUGAAGAUGUUGUAAUGGAAAGGAACUCUGUGUUCAUUUGAACAAAAUGGUUGUACCAUUGUGCUGUUAUUGAACGUGCCAUUAAACAUGUUCUAAUGUGGUUGUAUACACCAAUCAAUUAUAGCAUUUUAUAGUGUGUUGUAACUUACGCAUAUCAUUACGUUUUCAUUGAGAUGAGAGUUGUACAAUUUUAAUAGGUUGAGCUGUCGAUCUUUUAAUUUUGAUUUUAAUGCAGCAUACGUUUUUAAAUGCCUUUAUGAAGCUGAUUGGGUAUCAACGCUGCCUGCCGUUUAUGUAUUCUAUGCAUUUUACAAAAUUUGAUAUGUAUUAUUGAAUCUCAAUUAACCAGAAUGCUCUUUUUUACAUGGUCAGUUAUAGAUAUACAUUUUAAUAACUUAUUUUCAAGAUAUUUAUCUGCUGUCAAAUAUUUCAACCUAAGUGAAUGUUUUUAUGUGUAUUUAACUUUGUCUAUCAUUUUUACACUGAAGAAUUAGGUGACAUUUUAUAAAACAUUUUUAGGAUUUUAAGGUUCAAAAUGUAUGAUAUUUGAUAUUCUUAAUUUAUCUUUUUUUUUUCUUCUUCUGUUUUUUCGGGGGGAGGGGGGGGGGGGAGGGAAUAGGAUAAAGAUAAUGGAAUUAAAGAACAUGUACUUGUAUUUAUUGUAGUAAAUAAGGGGUAAUUUAAAAUGCCUGAAAUUUUCAAGUACCCAAACUAUAUGUCUGCCUGCACAAUCAAAGCUACGCAAUAAGAUUAUUUUUUUAGCAUUUUUACUUUUUUAAAUCGCAUAGUUUUAAUCUUUUUUGAGAUUUUUUACUAAAUGUGAGUGUCAUGGAACAAAAUCUUCACAAGAUUUUUUUAACAUUUAGUGCCAUGUAGGUCAUUUUCUUUGUUGUUUUCUCUCAAAGAGAGGUUUUGUGUUGUGGUAUAUUUAUGUAUUGUGCUUUUUGUACAAAUUUUAAUGAAGUAUUUAUAUAAUUUGUAUUGUUAGGAGCAAAGAACUACAUUAAAUGCUUUUCAGUAA